AUGAAGAUCGCCAUCUGCAUCCUUUCCGUCGUGGCUGCCCUCGCCUCCUCCUCCGCCGCAGCCAUGAACCCCGCCACCCAAGACCAAUUCACAAAGGCCUUCUCCUCCCCUUCUUUCCCCUUCACAUCCUCCGAGGUCCAAUUCCGAACCCAACGCAACAAGGACGCCUACUAUGGAGCCCUCAAGACCUUCAACAACCUCAUCCUCCCUGCCGAAUUUCCUGCCACCGCCUUGCCACUUGCCAUUGUUACUCCUUCCCAGGCCAACAACCAGGGUAUUGAGAAGGCUGUCAAGGUCGCCAAGCAGUACGGGUUGAGGGUUUCUGCGCGCUCCGGUGGGUACAUGUCGGGAUACUCGUCGAAUAUGGCGGCGGUUGAUCAGGAAGGGGAAGACUUCUUGUUGGUCGAUUUAUCCAAGUUGAGGAAGGUUGUUGUCGAUCCCAAGAAGAGGACUGCGACUGCUGAACCUGGUGCUACGGGUGCCGACCUUGCUCAUGAGGUUAUCAAGUAUGGAUUGGCGUUCCCUUCGCCCCACACAUCGCGCGUGACCAUCGGCGGCUUCCUCCUCCAGGGCGGCAUGGGUAUCGGAUCUCGUCUGUACGGCACAGGAGUUGACAACGUCAUCGGUGUUGACAUGAUCACUGCCUCUGGCAAGACCGUCUUUGCCGAUGCCCACACCAACCGGGACCUCUUCUUUGCCAUCCGUGGAGGCGGACAAUUCUUUGGAAUUGUCACCCGGUUCCAUCUCCGUCUCACUCCCAUGGUCAAGAACCCUACCUUGACCCCCUCCUACAACGCGUCAACUGUUCAGGUCGAUCAGGUCUUUGCCAUCUUUGAUCGUCCCCAGGCUAAUGACCUGUUGUCGUUCUACGCCAAUUUUGAUCCCACGGCCCCCCGCGCGCUCGAGAACAAGGUCGUAUUCGUCGUCGACCCUCCAACAAACAACAAGCAGUAUCUCUUUGCAUCCGUCUCGGCCGUUCCUUUCAACUCGUCCACAGAAGUCGCCCAGGCCCAGGACAAGAUCACAAAGUGGUACAAAUCCAUCCCCACCAACUUUGCAACUUCUGACCCAACCACCUACGACGGCGUCGUCCACGGAGGCGACGCCAGCUGGGCCGACUCGGACCUCUCCUACUAUGCCGAGGACCUCUGGUUCCCCACUCCUCUGGACCCCCGCCUCCUUCAAGUCCUUAUCAACCAAUGGGACAAGGUCCCCUCUGCCCUGUCCUCCAUGGCGUUGAACACGGGUACCUGGAAGGCCCCCACCCGCAGCGCGCUCGGAUUCGACCCCUCAUACUCAUUCUGCAUCUACUCGACCUGGAAGCGUAACGGAACCGCAGCCUGGGACGAGAAGAACAAGGCCUGGUUGGAUGAGACUGUCAAGGUCUUGAAGCCCUGGACUUUGGGAUUUUACGCAAAUGAGUUGAGACCCAAGAAGUUGAACGAUAAGGAUUACUGGCGCAAGUGCUAUGAGAAGGAUACUUUUAAGAUCUUGGAGGUUACCAAGAACCGUUGGGAUCCCGAGAACAUCUUCAAGAGCUUGCAAUAG